GUAUGAUAUGAUACUCUUAAUUUCAGAAUCUUCCUUUUGAGAGGCAAAGCUGCAACAAAAAUGGUUGAGAAGGUCCUCCACGCGCUGCUGUUUCCGCGGCCACACCCGACGUACGAGCCGGACUCUGACAACGUGAUUUGGAUUCCCGACGUGACGAGACGCAAGGACGAGAAGAACUUCCGCAUUCCGACACUGUUUCUAAAAUCGAACAAUGCUUUUGCGCGGUACUGCAUGCUUUUUUUCCACGGCAACGCCGAGGACCUGGGGACCAGCCGUGACUUCUGCAAGAAUUUGCGCACCUGCUUCCAGUGCCACGUGCUGGCACCGGAGAUGCCUGGCUAUGGACUCGCCAACCGGGCGAUCGCCCCGAGUGAAAAGGCCAUGAUUGACUACGCGAAUUCCUGUUUGGAUUUCGCGCUCCACGAGCUGCAGUGGCCGCUGGACAGCAUUCUGGUGGUCGGGCGGUCCAUCGGGUGCGUGUCCGCGCUCGCGCUGGCCGCAAGCUUCCCCAACCUGGGCGGCGUGGCCUUGAUCUCGCCAUUUUAG